CAGUGUUUGGGCUGUGGAAAAACUAUAGAGUCCAUUCACUUGAGUCCAGAAGAGUAUGAAUUUCUCAAAGGAAGAAUCAUGAGGGAUGUGAUAGAUGGAGGUGACCAAUACAAAAAGACAACACCUCAGGAACUUCAGAGAUUUGAAAACUUUGUAAAAUCCUGCCCUCCUUUUGAUAUUGUCAUUGAUGGCCUCAAUGUUGCCAAAAUGUUUCCUAAAGCUCGUGAGUCUGAAGUUCUCUCGAAUGUAGUCUCUCAAUUAGCAAAGCAGAAUCUGCGACUGCUGGUCCUGGGCCGGAAGCACAUGUUAACGCAGCGAUCUCGGUGGAGAAAGAAUGAGAUGGAAAAGAUUCAAAAGCAAGCCAGCUGUUUUUUUGCUGACGACAUCUCAGAGGACGAUCCAUUCCUUCUCUAUGCCACACUGCACUCGGGAAAUCACUGCAAGUUUAUCACAAAAGAUCUGAUGCGGGACCACAAGGCCUGCCUACCUGAUGCCAAGACCCAGCGCCUAUUCUUUAAGUGGCAACAAGGACACCAGCUGGCAAUUAUGAAUAGGUUUCUAGGAUCAAAAAUAGUCUUUCAGCACAUUCUCAGCUAUGACACUGUGGUGCAAACGACUGGGGACUCGUGGCACAUACCGUAUGAUGAAGACCUGGUGGAAAGAUAUUCCUAUGAAGUGCCAACCAAAUGGCUUUGCCUCCACCGGAAGACAUAAGACUCUUGCCUUCAUGCUGAAUCGGGUUUGGAUACCUUCCUGGUUGGCAUCAGAGCUCUGAAGGUGAUGCUUGUUUAGAGCAUUUUCUCUGCCCUGAAGAUAAAGAGAGUUCUGUAACACUGUUUGGUCCAUUUGGUUUGUAUAUCAACAAAUUGAUAUUUCAAUUAAAUGAGAUAUAAUAUC